GUACCCACUCUCUUUGCCUCGACUUCACAGUCAAAUCUCAGUCCAGACCUGGGGAGUCCUGGUGUGAAGUGCAGGGCUCAGUGGAUAAGACUGCUUUCCUUCAGUAUGACUGUGAGAGCAAUAAGAUCAAACCUUUGGGUCACCUGGGAAAGGAGGUGAAUGCCACCAAAACAUGGACACAAUUGACCGAAAUGCUGAGAGAACUGGGGCAAGAUCUCAGGAUGAUCCUGCUUGACAUGGACUUGGAAAAAAAUAAGACCAUGGGUCAUCUCACCCUGCAGGCCAAGAUGUCUUGUCAGCUUGAAGGAAAAAAUCACAUUGGUUCAUUCUGGAAUUUCAGCAUUGAUGGACAGCCAUCUCUCUGCUUAAAUGUGAUGCACAUGGAGUGGACAGUGAUUAAUCCUAGAGCCAGGGAGAUCAAGGAGAAGUGGGAGAAUGACAAAGAACUGACAGAACAUUUAAGGAAGGUCUCCAUGGGAGAUUGCAGUCACUGGCUCAGGGAAUUCUCAGAGCACUGGAAGGAAAUGCCAGUCGUCAUCAUCAUCAUCUUCAUGGCCAUCAAGUUCUAUAUGAAAUCAACAGACACCAUGAAAGAAAUGAUGCCCUUCCUUAGCCUUGAGCACUGCCCACUCCACAGUAGUGCUGGAAUGACUGCUGCUGAGUAG